CUCACUUCCUGCUCGCUAGCUCGAGUCGACGCUUCAGGUAGCCAUGGCAGCCACGAUGAAGCUCAGCACCCUUGGUUAUGCAGCCAGCAUGUUAAGCACGGGUUUGUUCGACGAGCAGUUCCAGAAGUUGCUUCUGCUCCAGAACAAGAGCGACCCGAACUUCGUUACCGAGACCAUCACCAUGUUCUGCGAGGACGGCGAGCAGACCAUUGGUGAGCUCACCAAGCAGCUGGGCAAGCAAUGCGUGAACUUCGACGAGGUAGCUGCUUUUGUGCAUAAGCUUGAGGGCUGCUGUGCAAGUGUUGGUGCUAAGAGAGUGAAGAAUACCUGCAUUCAGUUCCUUGAGUUUUGCAAGGAGAAGAGCAGAGAUGGGUGCCUGAAGACACUGGAUACUCUGAGGGUUGUUUUCGAUGAAGUGAGCGGCAAGUUUAAGGAUAUGCUUCAGCUGGAGCAGCAGCAAGCCGGAGCAACAAAGUAAGAGCCACAUGUUGGGACGGCACUACUGCCUUUGAAGUUGUAGAACAACAUUUGCUUCUUUGAGGUCGCCUGAAGCUGCUUAUCGGCAAACUGGUCAUUUAGCGUCGCCGAUAUCUGUGUUACUCUCGGCAGUGUCAUUUUUAAUUCUCAGUGGUUAAAUAACAAUUAUCCGCCGUCAUUUUGCGGAUCGUCAGUGAUUAAUCUGGCUGCUCAGUUCUGGCAAGCCAGUUUCGGUGG